AUGACUUCAAAGUUGAUUCCUUCGAAUUUAGAGGAGGUCAUGGUAAUACGGAAAGUCCAGAGCGACAUAAUCACCCUGAAUGUUCCUUUUUACCGCUUUGGGCAUAAUGGUCCUCUAGCUGUAUUCUCCCCAAUUGCCCUCACGCAAGGGGCCCGGGACGCGGUGAACUCCCUGGGCGGGAACGUCAAAUACAUCAUUGCUCCAGAUAUGGAACAUCACAUAUUCCUCACACCUUGGAAAGAAGCUUACCCGGACGCCCAGAUCAUCGCACCCGAAGGUCUGCAGGAGAAACGCGAGAAGAAACCGGAAACAAAGGGCAUUGUAUUCGACCACAUCUUCACAGCAGUCAACAAGGGGGAUUUCAAAGUGUCAGAUGAAUUUCAUGCCGAUCUCGACGUCGAAUAUGUCAAUUCGCACCCCGGUCGCGAAAUAGUCCUUCUACACAAGUCCUCCAAGACCCUCAUUGAAGCAGAUCUGAUCUUCAAUCUUCCCGCCACAGAGCAAUUUUCGAAGUCUGGCGAGUCGGCCACAAAGGGUAUACUCACAAAGAUCAUUAGUACUUUGCAAUCAACAAAGCCACCUGCAAAGGGGCAAAAGCGGUUGAUCUGGUAUUUGUUAUCAGCGAGGGAGCGCAAAGGUUUUGCACGGUCGGUAGCUACGAUUGAGGGGUGGAAUUUCGAUCGGAUAAUCCCGUGCCAUGGAGAUAUAAUUGAAAAUGGAGGCAAAGAGAUUUUCAGAAAUUUGUUUGAGUGGAAUUUGGAGGCGGCGAAGAAGUAG